UUCGAAUUCGAAUCUCAGAUCUCCUAGAGCACAAAACAAUCAACAAGUUAUAUUGCAAUUUCGAUUCGCCUGGAAUUCGCCUUUGUAUAGGAAAACAAGAAAUAGCACUUUCAGAAUUUUGCAGAGGUUAAAUCUAUUUCAACAUUAUAAAACUGAGAUGGCCUCCCUUAAGCAAUUUAGCCGAGCUGAAGUGGCAAAACAUAACACUCAACAGGAUUUAUGGUUUAUUAUCGAUGAUAAAGUGUACGACGUCACCGAAUUCCAAAAUGAGCAUCCUGGUGGAGAGGAGGUUUUGUUUGAGUCAGCUGGAAAAGAUGCUACCAACGAAUUCAACGAUGUUGGCCAUAGCACCGAUGCAAAGCAACAAAUGAAACAGUUCCUGGUUGGAGAAAUCAUCGAAGCCGAGCGUAAAAAAAAGAGUAAAGAAACAGACUGCCAACGGAUGGCUAUCAUUAUUGGAUCAGCUCUAGGCCUAGGAUUGGGACUAAUUCUUAUCUACAAGGCGCUGAAAAAAUAAAAAUAUUCCAUAUUGCGAUGUCGUUCUAAGUAUCAAUCAUUCACUACUAAGCAUUAGCUUCUCGACAUAUACACAGAAACUAAAUAAACGUAAUAGUUUUCGAUUGUUUAAAAUAAAGCAAAUAGUUACGUUUUCUGUUAGUACAACACACCAGAUA